UUAAUUUAAAACCACCUAACCUCCAAAACUGUAAAAGUCGCAUUUCAUUUCUUAGUCAGCUUCAUUUUUUGUAAACUUUUCAAGUUUUCUCCUCUUUUUAAGUGAAAUAGAUUCAAAUAGAUUUUAUCAAAUUAUUACAAAAUGUUGAUUAAAGUUAAGACUCUCACCGGAAAAGAGAUUGAAAUCGACAUUGAACCUACUGAUAAAGUUGAGAGAAUAAAAGAAAGAGUGGAAGAGAAGGAGGGAAUUCCUCCACAACAACAAAGAUUAAUCUUUUCUGGAAAACAGAUGAACGAUGAAAAGACUGCCCAGGAUUACAAAGUACAAGGUGGAUCUGUAUUGCAUUUAGUUUUAGCAUUGCGAGGAGGCUUGUAAAUAAUGACAUUCCUCGAUUGGAUUGAGAAUAAAUGGAUUUAUUCAAUCUGGAGAGACGAAUUAUAGGACACGUUUAUUAUAAACAAAAUAACACAACACUUCUAGGUAAUAAAUCUUGUAUUUAUAUAUAAACGACUCCACAAUUUGUCCGUACUCGUCGUAAUAUUUAUAAUUUAAUUUAAAAUCUCUUCAAAUGUUCGUGAAUUUUUUGCGAAUAAUUGCCCGAUUUCUUUGUAAACUUUUUUUUUUCUUAUGCUCCGUUAAUCUUAAAUUAAGUACAACAAAAAUGAGUAUUUUUCAUCAUGUUACUUAAAUAAAAUGGAAUCUUGUCUAA